GCCAUUUUCAAUUUCUUGAUAUCUUGCGUAUCAACGGCAACUAUGGCGUCCGAGAUUCAUUCGAUAAACGAGAUUAACCAAUCAUCACAGGGCAAUGGGAGCUCCAAGGAGAAGAAUGACAUUUCUACCACGACGAGAAUUGACGACAUCGAAGCUGAUGCAUCCUGUGAGGGAGAUGCCGACAUAAACGAGCGAGAGAAACUCGUCCAACUGGUUGAAAAAAAGGAGUUGACGCCUGUCGAAGCCUUUAAAUGGAAUGUGGAGGGAGAUCAGUCGCCAUUUCCCGAAGUGGCCGCUUGUGUGCCGAACACAGAUGACCCAACCAUUAUAUGCAAUACUUUGCGAGCCUGGAUACUCACCACAGUCUUUGUGAUUGUCUUUGCUGGCGCCAACGAAUUUUUCAGUCUACGAUAUCCUAGUCUGAGUAUUGGGUAUGUUGUGGCCCAGCUGCUCGUAUUCCCUAUUGGUCGAGCCUGGGAAAAACUCCCUCGGUGGAGAGUCCCUCUUGGACGCUUCACGUUCGAUGUGAACCCGGGCAAGUUUACCAUCAAGGAGCAUGCUUUCAUUGUCAUUUGUGUGAAUCUUAGCACUACAGCUGCUUAUGCUACGGGAUCCUUGAUGGCAAUUAUCAGCCCUGUCUACUGGAAUAGAGACUACGGUGCAGGAUUCUGUUUUCUUUAUCUGCUAACGACUCAAAUGCUUGGCUUUGGCCUCGCCGGGCUUGCGCGAAGGUGGCUAGUUUAUCCAGCCGCUCUGAUCUGGCCCUCAACCCUCGCUUCGACAGUCCUCUUCCGCGCUUUGCACGAGCCACAGGAACGCACUCUUGCAAACGGCUGGACCAUGACUCGAUAUACAUUCUUCAUUUACUUCACGGUCAUCGCUUUUGUCAUUUUCUGGUUCCCGGACUACCUUUGGACAAGCUUGGGCACUUUUGCAUUUAUCACUUGGAUUGUGCCUCAUAACCAAAAGGUCAACACUAUAUUUGGGAUGAACUCUGGCCUUGGUCUUCUUCCUCUCAGCAUCGAUUGGACGCAAAUCAACUACGCCGGCACUCCACUUACAACGCCCUUCUACAUCACUUGCAAUGCUUUUGCUGUAGUUGUGUUCUUUUAUCUCUUUCUCUCGCCAAUCUUAUAUUACUCGAACGUGUGGUUCAGUGCCUACCUCCCUCUACUCUCAUCAAGCACAUUUGACAACACAGGUUCGCACUACAACAUCUCAAAAGUAAUUGACGAGAACCUGGAUUUCGAUUUGAGCAAAUAUCAGGAGUAUUCACCUAUGUACAUCUCGAUGUCAUACUCGCUCACCUAUGGCCUUUCAUUUGCAGCCGUAACGGCCAUUAUAGUCCACACCUAUCUUUACAACGGAAAAGAGAUUUGGGCCAAAUUCAAGAACUCUCGACAUGGAGGAGAAGACAUUCAUAAGCGCCUAAUGAACGUCUAUCCUGAAGUCCCUGAUUGGUGGUACUUGGGCUUCACUGUCGUGGUUCUUGGAUUAGGCAUGUUCACAGUGGGAUAUUGGGACUCAGGCCUUCCUAUUUGGGCAUUCCUAGUCGUCUGUUUUGGUUUCGGGGUACUUCUCAUUGUCCCAGAGGGAAUUUUGGAGGGAACUACCAACCAGCGGAUUUUCCUCAACAUCAUUACUGAGCUCGUCGCAGGCUAUGCUUGGCCAGGAAAGCCCAUUGCCAACAUGUAUGUCAAGUUCUAUGGCUACAACUCUGUUAAGCACGGGAUGGACUUUGCGCAAGAUUUGAAGCUUGGCCAAUACAUGAAAAUUCCGCCUCGUAUUCUAUUUUUUGGUCAGAUUUACUCGACUAUUCUGGCUACUGCGGUGCAGACCGGAGUCCUUCGAUGGAUGAUCGGCAAUAUCGAGAAUCUUUGUGAUCCCGAUAACACCCAGCGCUUUACGUGUGCCGGGUCAAAGGUGGUAUACAACGCCUCUGUUAUUUGGGGAACUAUCGGGCCUCAACGAAUGUUCCAGUCGGGCCAAGUUUACAACGGUCUCAUGUACUUUUUCCUGAUUGGGCCUGUAACGACUGUACUAGUGUAUCUAGUUUACCGGCGAUUCCCCAACAGCUGGGUGCGAUAUGUCAAUGUGCCCAUCUUCUUCAAUGCUGCCGGGAACAUCCCCCCGGCUAACACUACUCAAUAUUCGCUGUGGUUUAUAGUUGGAUUUAUCUUCAACUUCCUGAUCCGAAAGAAGGCCUUCGACUGGUGGAAACGCUACAAUUAUCUCCUACAGGCAGCGAUGGACACUGGCACGGCCAUUGCUACUGUCAUCAUUUUCUUCGCGCUUACCUAUAAUGGCUACACGUUGAGUUGGUGGGGAAAUAACGUUGGUUCAGAUACCGACGACAGCAAUUCCGUGCCGUGGCUUACAGUUCCGGAAGGGGGUCAUUUCGGCAAAGGACCUGGAGAGUUUUAAAGUUGAUAGGUUGGCCUACCCCAUCUCAAUGAUAGCAUUGUGAAGGUCUCUCGGAGCGUGUCAAGAUAUUGGACAAAUCGAAGGGCGCUCAUAUCGCAUAGUCAAUCAAGAAACGGUGACUGUAUGACCCAACAUUGGCUUUCAAAUUGUAUAGGCUUUGUGAGAAAGCGGGCGCAAAAGAGG